UAUAGUAGACAAUUAUUAUAAUAAUUUAUAGUUAGUACUGUAAUGAUAUCUACAUCAUUGCGCCUACACAUCUUAUUAUCUUAAUGAUUCAAUAUCAUCAUAAUAAUAUAAAAUAUGUCAUUACCAGAAAACCACAAUAAAUAUCUGUAUUCUGUACCCAUGUACCCAUUAUAUUACCCAAAAUUGUACACAACAACAACAGUCAUACUCAUUAUAAAAUCAAAUUACAAAACAAUAUCUAAUAAACACUAUCAAAACAUAGUAAAUAUCUAUACCCAUGUACCCUGAUAUUAAUCAAAAUGUACAAAAAACUAUUAAUAAGUAAUAACCAUAUAUAUAUAUUUAUACAUGUACAAAUGUCACUAAUCUUACAAAAACAUAUUUUGAUUAUACCCAUGUACCUAUGCAAAAUAAACAACAACUAUUUAAUAUGGAACAACAAAGUAUCAAAAGGUCAAUACUAUAGUAUAAGUAGAACCCCCAUUUCGAUAUUCAGAUCAGUCUGUUCACAUUAUCCAAUACUGUCUCAUACAGUUUCAUACGCACUGUUUUAUUUCGCUACCAUGAAGACUAGAAUAAGGAUACCAAACUCGUACAGCCGUCUGCAUUAAAAGACGUACGACACGUACCGAAAUGAGUCGAACGUUUAAAUGGCAACAAGCCACAAUCCGUUCACUAGGGUUGCUACUUUAACCCGUCUAGUAUAGGAAUUAUUAAUGUUUUUGCGUUUUUUGGAAAUUAUAUGCAUUAUUUUGAAUCAUGACCCUUUUUAGAUUUUAUAGCUUGUACGAUUACGCAUUUAUACAUGUUCAUAUGUGUAUAGGUAUUUCAUAAAUAUUUUUUUAUUAUUGUGUAAAUAAUUAAAUUAUAAAAUAGUGAGCCCGAUACUAUUUGAUACCUAGUACCUACAUCAUACACAAAUGUCUUUUUUCGAACGAUCGUUUUAUAGUUUAUACCGAUAUAUGUAUAAUGUAUCGUUGCACUAAAAUUUGUUUUUUCAAGAAUGUCGAAUGUUUAUGAAAUAUACACAUAUACACAUCCGCACAUGUAUAAAUGCGUAAUCGUACAAGCUAUAAUAUCAAUAAAUGGUCGUGGUUCAAAAAAAUUCAUAUAUUUUCCAAAAAACGUGAACCCCUUAUGUACGCAGCGUAACCUGUGGCUGUGUGGCCGUUUAAUCGUGCGACUCAUUUCGGAUCUGGGGACAUUUUUGUCAUGCGGUUAAUGCGUUAUCACUUAUGACUUAUUAGAAGCCAUUGAACUAUAUUAUGAUAUAUAUAAUAUGUUAUCAUUGUUAUCAUAUAGUUCAAUGUCAGAAGCGGACUACGGAGUUCGGACUUCAGGUUUAAUCGUUUAAUGAUUUGUUCAAAUAGUUUAAAAGGUCUAAAAUGUUUAGCAAAAUGUCAGCUAUCAAAUGUGAGCCACAAAAUAUAUACAUUAAACAAGAAGAUAAUAUUGAUGAAUCAACUGAAUAUAAUGAUAGCAAUGAUGGUGAAUUCACUUUUCAAUGUUACAGGUCGGUGCAAGAUUCUAAAUAUACUACAGAAAAUGUUGAAGCACAAAUAAAAACUGAAGUGGAUAUAAUUGACGACCUUAUAUAUGAAAGUUUUUUUAAGAAAGAGAAUUACAAUUAUGAUCCAUCAAUCAGUAUGUGCUAUACGCCUACAACAUAUUACAUAAAAAGCAAGUCUACAAAUUGCAAUCUGAAUACUAAAGCCUCAACCAUAAAUUUAACACCUAAACACAAGACGGCAUUAUAUAAAAAAAAACAAUACUUUUCUCAAAUUGAAAUCAAAUCCGAAAAACCAUAUAAAUGUGGUAUUUGUAAUAAAUCAUUUUCACUGAAAGGAACCUUAAAAACUCACAUUUGGAUUCAUAAAAAAAAUAAACCUUACAAAUGUUUUAUUUGCAACAAAUCUUUUUCUCAGGCAUCAACUUUAAUUACUCACAAAGUAAUUCAUAAUGCUGAGAAACCAUUUAAUUGUGAUAUUUGCAGAAAGUCGUUCGCACAGAAAGUAAAUAUGAAAACUCACAUGAUGCUUCAUAUGGGUGAAAAAUCUAAUAAUAAAACUUGUUAUAAAACAAUUUCACUAAAAGAAUUUUAUACGAAAACUAUUACUGAUGAAAAUCCUUACAAAUCUGUCAUCUGUAAUAAAUUAUUGUCUCAAGGAACAACUUCAAGUAUUAAACAACAAUUUAAAUGCCAUAUUUGUAGUAAAUUAUUUUCAUAUAAAGGAACCUUGAAAACUCACUUAAUAAUUCAUACUAAAGAAAAACCAUAUAAAUGCCAUAUUUGUAGUAAAUCAUAUUCUUAUAAAGGAACCUUGAAAACUCACUUAAUAAUUCAUACUAAAGAAAAACCAUAUAAAUGCCAUAUUUGUAGUAAAUCAUAUUCACAGAAAGGAUACAUGAAAAUUCACACAAGAAUUCAUACGAGAGAAAACCCAUAAUAUAAAUGAAAUAUUUGAAGAAAAAAAACAUUUUCUCAGACCUCAACUUUAAAUAUAAACCACAUUAUUCAUAAGGUCCAUUAAAUAGUUAACUGUGCUCUCUGUAAACUAUUUUGCUCAAAAAGUACUUAUAAUUAAGUCACUUAAAAAUGCAUAAAAUAUACUAGCUGCCCUGCCCAAUGUUGUCUAUCACUAGAUUUGUAUUUUUAAUAAAUAUUUUAUACAAAGUUA